AUGGUAGUUGGCGAGCGCUUGUUGGGCGACAGGAUGAAGCGAAUAUCAAACGAGGCAAACCUGUCACGUAUUUAUACAAACCAUUCCAUCCGAGCUACAGUCGUCACUUUUCUCGGUAAAUCAGGGUUUAAAGCUAGUCACAUAAUGACUGUCAGCGGGCACAGAAAUGAAAGUUCAACCAGGGCUUACAGCAAAACCGAUCAAACCACCAAGAGGAGAAUGUCAGAAACGUUAACUGCUGCCGGAGCUGGCAACUCUGCUCCCAAUGAAUACUCUGUGAGGUUAGAAAACCUUACAGCUGAAAAUAUCAAUUUGUCUCCUCUUUUAACUCUCUCACAGGAAGAGAAUGUU